AUGGAUAUCUUCAGUCAAAGGGAUUACUACCCGAUACCUUCGGAUGAUGUAAUCAAGUAUAAGCAUAUGGUCCAUAAGAAAUGGAAUAAGAAUGAAGUUAUUCAAGCAGACAUACCAUCAAUAAUUGUUCAUUUAUCGUCUCCAGUUGAUUCCGUUGACUAUAAAGGAUUUUCGGACUUCUUCCUAUUUUAUAGGAACUUUCUGACCCCAGCAGAACUCUAUGACUACCUUAUAUUGAGAUUUAAGUGGUGUAUGAGGGAGAUAGAAAGUUAUCAGCAUCAAAGAAGUGGUGACAAUCAGCUUCGUAUUGGUAAAGUCGCGUUAAUUAGAACAUUCGUACUGCUGAGACAUGGUAUUCUGAAUCAUUUCGCAGACGACUUCCUUCUUAAUGAAAACUUGAGGCUGCGAUUAAUAAGUUUUUUUAAUGAAGAUAUCAAGUCAGACAUGAAAGUAAUAGUGAGUUGUUUAAUCAGUCUAAAAAAGGCUUGGCUUCAUGCAAUGAAACUUAAUUGGGAUAACGUCCUAUUUAAUGAGCCCGCAUUUUCUGCAUAUACAGAUUGGAUAGAUUAUAAAAUAAAGGAUGUAUCGCAGUUAGAUAUGGCCCAAAAGAGGAAUAGUAGGUUCAGCUACCAUGGUAUACAAAGUAUUAGCAAUCCAGAUAUGAGGAAUAGAAGCAUACUUUCAAUAUACAAGUCAGAUAAUUUUGAUCAUAUGGUACAGUCCAAUAGUAAUAAGAUUAGCAGAAACAGAACUCCAUCCACCCUGCUUUUUCAAAAAGAUUCAUCAAAUAGCGAAAUGGCGACUGUGUAUUCAAAUAGAAAAGGUGCCCAAAAGAAAACGAUAGCAUUACCUAAUAUUCUAACGUCAGAGUUAGAUCGUAAAGAUGUUAUGUCAAAUGUCACAAGAAUGUCUCAUAUAAUACAGGAUGCUAAGACUCUUAGGUCUUCAGAUGUGAAUAAAAUAAUACCUUCAACACCAGCAAAAAAGGUCGAGCUAAUAUUGAAUACGAUAUAUUCACCCGAUUGUUUAGAAUCUGAAAAUAUUCAGGAAUCCUUAAACCAAGAUACAUCCUCUACACAAAAAUCCUUCCCAAAAGGUAUUAUGAGUCUUUUGGCUAGAUGGAAGAAAAACCAUAAGAUAGCAGACCCAAAAAUAAGGAAACCAGUUGGAUUUACCAAUAAAAGAGAGGCAGAGUUAGACAAUUUUGUAAAAUAUGUGAUUUCAAUUUCUUCUCUCACCAAUAAAGAAGAAGAUCUGAAAAGGUUAAAUGAGAAUCUUGACUCCAAAUUUGAUAUAUUAAGUGCACGUACGAUAGAUGAAGUGGAAUAUCUGUUUCGCUUAGAAAGUAAAUUGUUAGCGCAAUUGAGUACAAUGCAGAAGACUACAAGGACUUUAUCUAAUGAUGAAUUCAACGAUGUCAAUGUACCUAAUAAUAUCGAUUCUAAGCAGAUAUCUGCGAUGGAUAACCUAGAUUUGUUUAGGACAGUUAAUGGAGUAGCGAGAUCAGUCAUCUCGCUAACUAAUUCAGUUAAUAAACUGAAUAACCUCUCAGAUCAUAGUGUUUUGGACAGAAGAAGGGUAAAAAGUUCAAUGCCUAAUUUCUAUAAUAGGGAGCGCUCUCUAUCCGGGUUAUCUAACUAUGCAGGUUUACAAUUCUAUGAUGCAAGCAGUGAAAUGUCAGCAGAAGAUGAUAAACCACAAAAGUUAGUCUUUCAUGAUGGUGUGGAUGAGUUAAAAAACCAUUUAACUCAAACAUUUACAAAGCCAGGCAGUAUAUCAAAUUCUUCUCCGUUGAAAAAGGUCUUACCCAAUCUUUUUGAACAUCCCUCUGUUGAUAGUUUAGCUUCUGGAGAUGCCUGCUCAUAUGUUACUUAUGAUUCACAGUUAAGCCAGAUGGGGACUGUAAAGAAGUCAAUGAAGGAUGAAACUAGUAGAUACUCGAACUAUGAAGGGCCAGUACUUAAAAAAAAGGUGGCAUAUGACAAUUUAAGAGAAUUUACUUUUGAGGAUUCUAAGGAAAUAAUUAAAAAUGACACUUCUAGUUUGAUAGAUAUAUUAAAUAGUCCUGUUACUCCGGAUCUAUCGAUACUACCUCAAACGCCAACAGGUAAAGGGUCUGUGCAACAUAAGAAGAAAGAAAAGAGUGAAUCAAUCAUUAGUCCUGCGAGUGGUAGAAUAAGCAUUGCUAAAAGUCACCAUAUGUCAUUGAGCCCCAACCUAACAAAAUUAAAAGAAGAUGAUGAGUAUGUCAAAGGGGACAAUAGUCUUGGUCAAGCUGAAGAUGAGCUUAUCAGACUUGAAAAAAACCUGCGCGACUCCAAAUUAGAAAACUAUAAUACGGUAGUUGCUGGUAAUCUGGGAGCUGGAAGCGGAUCAUCAACGCCUCUAGGAGACAGUCCUACUAAUGUAUUUGAACUGCCCUCCAGCAUUAACAUGGUUGAAUCUGAUAUGGAUACUGAGAGUUUUGAAAGCUCAUUUGAGCAAAGACAGCCUACUAAUCUCAGAGAACAAUACUUUAAAAGUAUAGGAUCCCCCGAAACAGCUUCUCCUAGAAAAGUAAAUUCCAACAAUGCAUACUCCCAAGUGAGCUCACAAAUGAGUCCGUCUUUAGCAAAUAAAUACCUAUUCUCGCCUGACAAUGAGAGUUUAGAUAUUGCCUCGCCUGUUAAGAAUGUUGAAGAUCUGAAAUCCAGGUUUUUGAAGGGCAAUAAUCAGUCAGCGUCAUCAUCACAAAUAGGUGCUUCUAUUAAUACCUCUGUUACGGCAACUCCAAAAAAUAAUGACAUGUUUGGAUCGGACUUUGAUAAAAAUGGUUUAAAGAAUAUAAUGACUGCCUCGGAAGAGAAGUUGUCAAAAGAUCCAGUAGAGCUAGCGAUGAUGAAGCUUGAAGGCACAUUUAAAAAAAACAAAAGUGGUAAUAAUACAGGAUACUCUAGUGAUCUUGAAAAGGAAGUUGAUAUCUUGAACAUAGCUAAUCUUCCGGAAAUGAACGCCAACCCUUCCGAUAAAAGGAAAUCUUUGAUGCUAGACAGAAGAAGGCAAACGAUGUUCAAUAUUGGACCAUCGAUAUACCCGAGCAAUACUAAUGAUGAAGGUUAUGAUGAAGAAUCUAUAACUGAUGAUAAGAUAUGGAGCUUAAUUGCCCAAUAUCAUAUUGAUGACGAGAAUUUAUUGGCAAAGAAUCAUGCAAAUCAUGUUCCAUUUAUAUUGAUGUAUGAAUCCAAGGACGUUGCACAGCAAUUUACACUAAUCGAAAGAGAAAUCCUUUCAGAAAUUGAUUGGAAGGAUCUUUUGGAUAUCAAAUUACUUUAUAAAGGGCCAAAUCUUACCAGCUGGUUGCAACUCUUAAUUCAAAACCAAGAGUUUACUGGGAUUGAUUUGGCAGUGGCCAGGUUUAACUUAACUGUUGAUUGGGCAAUUUCUGAGAUUGUAUUGACAACUGAUUUGAAAAUGAGAAGAAACACCAUAGAGCGUUUCAUACAUGUCGCCGAGCACUGCAGAAAGCUUCAGAAUUUUAACACCAUGAUGCAAAUAAUCUUGGCUUUGAAUUCUGUAGUUGUUCAGAAAUUCACAGAAGCUUGGCGUCUAAUUGAGCCAGGUGAUAUGCUGCUCUGGGAAGACCUGAGGAAAAUACCAGCAUUGGAUUGGAACUAUCAUGCUCUGCGCACCAUGAUGAAGACUGUUGAUCCAUUGAAGGGGUGUAUCCCAUUUAUUGUGGUUUACUUAUCUGAUUUGACCAUAAACUCCGAGAAAAACACUUGGAUUGUGGAAAAAAGAGUAGUUAAUUACAGUAAAUUCUCAACGUGUGUUCAAAUAGUCAAAAAUUUUAUUCAAAAAGUGCAAUGGUCUAGUUUCUACGAUAUCAUUCCAAUUCAAGAACUUCUGAGCAAAUGUAUUUAUAUCAGCUCCCUUUCACAAGAUGAAAUUGAACAUCUAACAGCAGAAUUCGCAAGGUGA